GAAUUCGGGGUGGGGGAAUAGGGGAGGGGAGGUUGACAGCAGUAAACCUCUUCAACCCACCCGUAUGGCGCUGGGCCAGCAGGUGGUAGCCGGGUGUCUUCGCCUGACUCUAAGGAGAUCCGAGACCGGCGAUGAGUGUAUGACAGAAGCUUCCAGACGACAAGAGACGAGGAGUUGAAAGUACAUAGCGACUGUUGUCUGACGGAGUGGUUGAACUGAGUACCAUUAAAAAAAACUACCCGUAUUUAUCGAUGGAAAGAUACCCAGAGUAUGAACUGUUACUGGCAGCGAGAAGAGACUCGUCUGGUGUCAAACCUGUGUUGCACAGAAUGACAGAAGGACGCUGUACUGACGUCCAGGCUAGCAAGGGUCUAGACUACCCGAGGUCAAACUAGCAAGGGUAUUAACCCAGGUACCCGGGGUGCCACCGCAUGACGUUGUGUGGAAAUCAGCUCAGCGCUAGGAAGUCGUGAGUUGCAUGUUUGGCAAAGGCAACGGUACUGUACACAAAGCCAAGAUGCGUGGACUGAUAAGUAUUGUGCUGGCAACAGUACCCUGAUGAGGUCACAGCAUGACGAGCUGAUAACACGAUCUUCCUGGACUCUGGGUGUCAUUCGUGAGACACAAGCUUCAUUCCUUUCAUUGGUGGAGCAAUGCAACGACUACAUUCAGUCUGAACUGGUUCUGUCUUAUUUCCUCGCUAAGAAAUCUUUCCAUGUACAUUAUUCAGCUCUCGACUGUCUUCAUGUGAAAACCAGUUACCGCAGACUCAGAUAUGAUCGUUGGGAUUUUGAGGGAAAACGUCUUCAAGCUCUGAUUCUAUUGAAACAAAAGCAAAGUGGUCAGGAAUCUCGAUGCCAGCGAUGCAGUGAAAAAAUCUUUUCUUCGUUUUAAAAAUUUAAAAGAAUGACACUGUUAAAAAAAUAUUUUCUGGAGAUCAUCCUUCUGAUCAACGGGAUCGUGAAUACACUUGACCGAUUGGGAGGCCGCCUCGUGUCCCUUCAAUUCUAGUUUCUGCUCCUACACACAACUCCCUCCGAGCUGGGACGCCAACAACUGGACCAUAAGCAAUGGUCAUGCCACGGUGCAAAGUGGACUAGAGAAUUUCGGGGCGACUUCCAUCAUACAAUCGCCCCGCCUGACCUCUGACCUCCCAGCAUGCCUAGUGUACCUGUACACGCAGUCCAUGCCCUCCCAGCUCACCGUGCGCGUGACUGACGGCGUGGGAGGCUACUGCGUCCUCAUCAAAGAGAGUAACCUCCAGGUGGAUGAGUUCAUUGAGCAGAAGAUCGACCUGCCCCAAGCUAAUGGAAGGAUUGCCUUUGUAGCCAAGUCCGGUGCCAACUCGCACGACGGCAACAUAACGCUUAAGAACGUGAAGCUGACGUCAGGCCCGUGCGCAGGCGCACACGCGAACACAAGCACACCUGGCCCCAUCCAGCCCCCAGAAUGUGUCAACUUUACCACAGCUACAACAACAACAACAGCGACAACAAGAACAACAGCAACAACAACAGCAGCAACAACAACAACGACAAUGACGACGACAGGAACAAGGACGUCUACAGCGUCAACAACUACUACUACGUCUCCUACAGCUCGCUCCACAGAGUCGACAACUGCCGCUGUGUCUCCUACAGCUAGCUACAAAGGCGAGGCGAAGGACAGCUCUCGGAACACCGCUGUCAUCAUUGCGUGUGUCAUCGUAUUGGUUAUCAUCCUCAUCGUCGUGGGAGUUCUCCUUUGGUGGAAGACGAAGAACGGACACAAAAGAGAUGUGCAUCCACUAGAAGAUAAGCAGGCAGCGGAUCCUCCUGGUCUGGAACCUGCGAUCAACAAUCCGCCUCACAGUCACUUCAUGGUGACAGACACAGGUCAAAGGUGGGCAGACAAAUCGUCAACAGAUGUAACCUCUACCGAUGAACUGGUCGCAAACGAACAGCCUACGGAUACAACUGGAAAUGUUUCUCCGAACGGACACGACCAAGACCAGAUCGUCGACAUUGAUGAGACUUUGGAUUUUGAUUACGAUACAAAUGAUGAUCCCUAUGAUUUCGAAUAUAUGAAUACAGCCCCUUUUUCAGGGUUAUUAAAUAGAUAAUAUACGUGUGUAUAUAUAUAUCCUUGCUUAUGAGAAAAUUAUGUUGCCGUUGGUCUUAAAAUAAGCUACAGAACUACGAAGACAUGAGAAGACAUGGCACUUGGUAGCCUGGCUUUCUUCACUUUAUUCUCUUUGAUCCAUUGUUGCUGGUUUGUGUACUCUCACACACUCAUCCAUACUGAGGGUUAGCAUCUCUCAUUCUAGUCCACAAUAUUUCUGUACAAGUCAGUUGUAAACAUUUGUUCACGUGUCUUUUGUGUAUUAGUAUUUAUUAUGUAUAAAUAGGUUAAAACCCAUUGUGCCUAAAUCCAAGCAAAGGAAAUGGAAAGAAACAUCGACUGCAUCGACAUACAUAGACUUCUGUUUAUCUGUUUAUAUAAUUACAUGUAUUUAGAUACAGUAAAACCUCGAUUAGAUACGUUUCUCAAGGGACCGCCAAACAAAAAGUCAAAUCGAGGAAAACAUUACAUCAAGUAAACACAUUUGUUUACUUUAGAUUACAUCCAAACAUGGAGAAAGUAUGACAGGCUCCGCAUAUCGCAAUCCUGUCUAAAUAUAAUGCGUUGUGAAAGUGUAACAGUUGAACAGCAACAUUCUUAUCAUUUUUAUAUAUUUUAUUUC